CCGCCCCACGUUUGGGUCGGGCAAGAACUCGGCGUCUUCGUGUCUCUGGCAGCUUCAAGUGCCAGUCCAAACGACAGCUCCAUCACUCCCGAGUUCGCCACGAAGGUGUAGAGUCGUCACCAAGCGCCAGUCUCCCGAACAUGCGUCUACAAGCGAUCCGACCGCUGCGCAGCCUGCUGCACUCGAAUGUCACCGUUUCCAGCACGUUGCGGGCCUGGGGCAUACGCAACUUUGCGUCGGCGCUGGUCGACAAACAGCAGGAAGACGAGCGCAUCAGAAAAGUGGUGAAACUGGCCAGCGAGCAAGCUGUACGCGUCACGUUCGAGGAUGGCGCCACCGCCAAGUUCCACAAGCUCUGGUUGCGUGAUCACUGCCGCUGCAAGCACUGCAUGCACCCGGAGACGUACCAGCGCCAGCUCGACACCGCCUCCAUCCCCAUGGACACGCCAUUCCACCGGCUAGAGGUCACGAACGCUGGCGGCGCCUUGGCCAUCGACUGGGAUGCGCCUGUGCGUGGCACCCCGUGCACAUCCAGUGAGUUCGAUGCGCAAUGGUUGCGCGACCACGCGUACGCCCUGGAAGGUGGCAAUGCGGAGGAUGAGGACACAGAGCCCUACCCCAAGUCUUACCGUCAGCCACGCCUGACGACCCAGAAGCUUUGGGCCGGCGCCGACUUCCAGCUGCCCACACACAGCUACAACAAAUGCGUAGACAACAUCGAGCCGCUCAUGCGCGAUCUGUACACUAACGGGCUGGUGCGUGUAUCGGGCACGCCCACCUCGAUGGAAGCCACUGAGAAGUUCUCCAAGAAGAUCGGCUUCGUAUUACGUACGAUCUACGGGACCAUGUGGACAACCAACCCCACGAACGACGCCGAGGACUACAACGACACGGCGUCGACGAACCUGGAGCUGUUGCACCACACUGACGGCACGUACAUCCGUGACCCGCCUGGACUGCAGAUCUUCAAUUGCGCGGCCCAGGCUGGUGAGGGCGGUGAGAGUCGCUAUGUGGACGCGUUCCAUGUCGUGGAGACGUUAAGGAAGGAGAAUCCGGAGGCUUUCCGCGUGCUGAGUACGACGUCGCUUCCGUACUUCACUGUGGACAAUGACGCGCAUCUGGCCACUAUGGAGCCACUCAUCCGAGUCGACUACGCUGGCAACGUCGUGCAGUUCCGUCAUAACGACUACGAUCGCGCUCCGCUGACGCAUCUGAGCUUUGAGGAGGUUGGUGAGUUCUACCAGGCACACCGCAAGCUGCUGGAAGUCUUGCGUAGACCAGAGAUGGAGUUCUGUAUGAAACUCCAGGUGGGUGACAUGGUAGUCGUGGACAACCAACGUGUGAUGCACGGCCGCCACGCCUUCCAGGGUGGAGAUCGAGCCCUCAUUGGCUGCUACAUUGGUCGGACGGAGUAUGAAAGCCGCCUACGUGUACUCGGCAUCAUUUGAUCGCAAUGACGAGGAUCGAAAAGACACACAAAACCAAGGAAGGGAACGUGUCUUGGUACCCCUUGAUCAGUUAAUUAACGUUUAACCUUUUA